AUGGCUCCCAUUCGGUUUAAGAAUUCCCCCGCGUCGGCUCCGACCCUCGCGCGCCCCGCUGCCCAGGACGCUCGGAUCCUCGUCCGAGAGACCAUGCGGGUCACCGCCGCCGCGACGCUUGCCUCGGCGCCGCCUCUCUCCACGCCUCCCCUCAUGACGCUGCCGGAGAAGGUGAGGGACACGGAGCUCAGGUUUUUGCCCGGGCGGGAGCUGGGGCUGCUGGGGAGGCCAGAUGCGUUGAAGGUUGUCUGCCUGGAGGAGGUGGACGGGAAGAAGUGGAAGUACGUGGCUGUGGAGGAGGGAUCUGGGAAGCUGAGGAGAGGAACGUCAGUGAAGGCAAUUUCACUGCAGCACUCGCCCAUGGCUCCUGUAGAUGUGAGUCUGCUUGACGGGGCCAUGGCUCCUUGUUCUCUCUCCAUUAAUUCACUGUCAGGCAAUUUUUUCGCUCCUUGUGUUCCAUGACUGACCCGUUGCGCUUUCUCUUCCAAUUUUUUCGCUCCUUUUGAAGCUUAUUUUUAACUUUUGGUGGGUUACCCAUUUCCGCCAGUUCUCUUUGGUUGAGGGUCGGACAUCCUUUUCCCAUUUCCUGGUUUUACUUCCAUCAUAACCCCCGGUUGAUGACUCUAUUCUAACAUCCCCGUCUGGUUUUUCUACUUCCUGCAUCACACUGCUAACAAUCAAAAGGUACAAUAACGAAUUCUCUUAUCAUUCUCAUGUUUUCAAUGCGCGUGCUCUCCCUUAUCUUAUUCUAUGUUCUUAAUAAUUCCCAAAUCAAUAAUGUAAAUGAUUAAAUUCCUGGUGAAAGCGGUCGCUGAGUUGCGGUGAUAUUGAAACACCGAAGAGUUUGGAACUGGAAGAAAGAUGAUAAGAUGUUCAUCGCUCUUUUGUAUGCGAUGCUUUUUCCUCUUGAACGAGAUGAAUGGCCGAUUUUUCCUCGUAAUGUAGGUCUAUUUAUUUAUUUCUAUUUUGAAUAAAAAAUAAGAUAAUCUCAAGCCUAGUCCUUACUCAUUUCAUGAAUGCCAUUUCUCCCCAUUAAAGUAGUUUUCUAUGAGCGAUCUCAGUGUUUAUUUUUUAUUUUGAAAAAAAAAAAAAGCGACAGAAAAACUCCAAACUAGUCCUCGCUCAUCUUAUGAAUGCCAUCUUGCAGGAACUGGUUUCAUUCAUAAGGUCAUACGUGGUCCCUGAAGGAUUCCCCCAUAGCGUUCCCCCUUCAUAUGUGCCAUACAUGACAUGGAGAGCUUUAAAGGUAAUAAUGUGCAUACAUAUCUAUCUAUCUAUAUAUAUAUAUGUUUUUAUUUUUGAAGCACAUUGGUGUCAUCAAGCCAUAGUCGUUCUUGAUCUGCUAAUAAUAACAUGCUAUUUCCAUCGUAUAUCUCGUCUUCUCAGUAUUUCUUUGGUGGAGCAAUGAGCGUCUUCACUACACAGACACUUCUGAGCUCCGUUGGGGUUUCCAGAAAUACAGCAGCGUCAGGUGCUGUUGCCAUUAACUGGAUUUUGAAGGUAAAUCCGACAUUAUCUUCAUCUUAAUCUGUUGGCAAUACAAAAUGUGCUCUAAUGUUUGAUAGAUUUUCUGUCCUAGAACAGGUCUUCAUCCACCAUAAUUAUUAUUCCCAUAUUCCAUCAACUUUCUUAGAUGUCUUUCAUUGUUCUGAGUCAUCGUUUGGUUUGGAUACUGACUGGAAUCUCUAUAUCUUGUUAGUAAAUUCAUUUAUUUCUGAAUUUGUCAUCCCUUGAUAUCUUGUCUCUAUGUUGAAUAAUGCAGUCAGGUGCUCUUGCCCUUUGACAACUGGUUGAAUUAUAGAUUUCUAAUAGUUUUUUAUAACUUAGAAAAAGGAUUUUUUUUUUCUGAAGCUUCGUAACUGUGCCCAUCAACUGUAGGAUGGAGCUGGCCGUGUUGGAAAAAUGCUUUUCGCACGCCAAGGGAAAAAGUUUGACUACGACUUAAAGCAGGUAUUGCCAUAUCCCACUCUUUUCAUCCCCUGAUGGGUGGUUCUCGUCUGAAACUGUUUGGCUGGGAGCAAUAUGCUGAACCAUGGUUUGAACCGUUCUUCAGCUUCGCUUUGCUGGUGACCUUUUGAUGGAGCUAGGUGCGGGGGUUGAGCUGGUGACUGCUGCAGUGCCUCAUCUCUUCUUACCCCUGGCUUGCGCGGCCAAUGUGGCCAAGGUGCGAUCCAUCGCCUUAAAUUUAGAGGCCAUUUUGGUUGAUGAUCACCGUGCAUUUGGAUUCAUACAUUUCCCCUCGUUGCAGAAUGUUGCAGCUGUGACCUCGACCUCUACCCGCACCCCGAUUUAUAAAGCAUUUGCAAAGGGAGAAAACAUUGGUGAUGUAACUGCAAAAGGAGAGUGUGUCGCCAAUGUUGCAGAUCUGGUAUUAUCCCCAGACCUUUGGGCAUAUCUUUAGUACAUAACUCUACAGCUAGCCAGCAACUAGGAUAAAAUUAUCUUUUAGCACCUCGUUGACUUAUCAAUGGGUAGUUUUAUCCUGAAGUUAAUUUUUAUUAUAAUCAUAUCUUGUUGCCAAAUGGCGCAAAUCUCUAAUUGAAAUGGGUGUACUGAUUUUCAUUUUCAUUUUCUUAUAUGCGAAGCUUGGAACUGGAUUGAGCAUCUUGAUCUCAAAGAGAAAACCAUCCUUGGUAGUUUCUUUCGCGCUACUUUCUUGCGGAUAUGUCUUCAGCUCAUAUCAAGAGGUUCUAUUUCGUCUUAAAACCUACGUUCAAUGAGCAUUCUUAGGAUGGCAAUUUUGGUUCUGAUCUUGAUCACAUUUCUCUCGUUUUACAGGUAAAGUCUGUCGUACUGAGCACUUUGAACAGGGCAAGAUUCACGGUGGCAGUGGAAUCUUUCCUUAAAACUGGUAAGCUAGGGAGCCACCGCACUUAGCAUUGUUAUCUAAUUACUGUGUACAUGUGCAAGUAUACUUUUUAUGGAAGUACUUGAUAUAAUAUUUAUUACUUUUCGCAUACCCCUUGCACGUAGAGGGCUCAUGAUACGUGGGCCUCUUUCUCUCUCCCUCCCUUACAUAUAUACAAACGCAGAGGUUGGAUGUGCAUUUAUCCAUAUCUGUACGUGCAUAUUAUAUGGUAUGAUAUGUUUCUGUGUGUACUUUUGCAGAAAACCUUUAAACCAUUACGUUAAGAACUUUCCACCUUCGGAUUAGUAUAUUUCUCUUUAUAUAAUUAGGCACUAUCUUGGAAGAUUUAACUUUAAUUGCGGAAAGUUGAUAUAUUUGUUCCUCUUAUUUUCUCCGGAAUUUGUGUCUAAGAUGGCUUGCAUCUGCAUGACGGUGUGGGUACCAAUCCCCAGUUUUGUAAUGAAAACUGUAGUAUUAAUGCAUGUCUUUUAAUUAUCUUCAAUCUGCUGUGAAUAUGAACCAAAGGUCCAUUUGUAAUCGCCAUCGCAGCCUCUCUCUCUCUCUCUCUCUUCUCAUUGCUGUAAUGUCUUCCGCAGGUCAUGUGCCAUCAUUAGCAGAAGGAAACUCAAAGGAACACAUCUUUGAUCCUCCAUGGUGUAAAAAUACGCCUGUUGUUUUAGGUACGUUUUGAACUCGGCUAGAUUUAGACAUCUGAAUUCACGGAACUCAAGUUGAUCCCAAUUUUGGCAGGCUCAAGAUUCGGCGAAGCCUUCCAGGACCCUGAUUCAUUUCUAAGAAUAAAGCCUUUGUUUGAGGUACAUACCUUUGAACAAUCCUCGUCUCAUGUGGCUACAUUCGGCUUCUGCUGGGAUCCUCGUGAAUCAACUUCAUCUUUCUGGUUGCUUUUCUUUCUCCAACUCCUUUUUUUUUGUCUAUUUUUGGAUUGAUUCAGGAAGAAAGAUACAUUAUCACGUACAAUCCUGGCAAAAACAAAGUGUACGCAUUGCUGAAGGAUCAAGCAGAGUCUGAUGACAUUCUGAAGGCUGCUUUCCAUGUGAGUUCUCAUCUACAAUGUUGGUCAUGCUGUAAAGUCCCAUUUAUUUUUCGCUGAUGUUGAAAUCGCCCGGUGUUGUAGGCCCAUGUCCUCCACUACAUUUGCUCAUUAAAUGCAAGACAAGCACCGAAGAAGCUCAACAAACCCGGGAGCCCAGACAGCAACGAACUUAUGAGCAGUCCUAGCUUCACUGUAGAUCCUGACGCUCAAAUUGUGGAGUCUUGUGAGAUUGUGUCGACUUUAUACGAAAAUUUCAAGGGGAAAGCCGCGGAACAGGUGAUUGCUGGCCUCUCUCCCCCUUUGACAUUCCCAUUUGUGGUCUUCACUAUAAAUAGUAAUCGGAAUCCAUGGUUGCCGAUCUAAUUACCAACAGUAUCUCACAAUUACAGUAGUGGUUUGGGAAUUCUGACCCAUGGUGAUGCCCAAUGACCCGAAUCACCUACCAUAUCACAUCACAUGACUUGGAUAUUUAUGUCUGGAUCAGUAGUUUGAGACGCAUCCUUUGCCCUGCACGGACCCAAUGGGCAGAAAUAGUUUCCAUAUGUUACAGUAGCCAGUCUUGGGCCAAGCACUCCCUCAUUGAGCGUAGGAGCCAGGCGGGCCAUACAAAGAAAAAUUCACGUUCCCAUUCCAUCUGUCUCCUGGCGUAAAUUUUAUUCAGCAUUGUCUUGCUCAUCAAGCAGAGAAGCUUUUCCCCAUCUCCCUGCCCAUUUAUUAAUCGGCUCUAGUUCUUGGAUGACGCUGUGGGGACCUUUUUUUUUUUUGGCAGGGAUGGGUCAUGUCUGAGUCCCUGUUGAACCCUGGGAGAGCAAGACUACUGAUCAGGCAAAAGGGGGAGUAG